UGUAGAAUAAGAAAGUAAAGAAAAUCUAAGGUUUAGAAUAGGAGCAGCAACAGAAAAAUGAGAGAAGCCUAAAUAUUCUCUCUCCAUCUCUCUCCAGAAAUCUCUCCUUCUCUCUCCCACUAAAAUUGAUCAAGUAGUAGCACUCAUGAUGCUGCUGAUGAUGAUGAUGGAAAGCAUGACGGCUUGUAACAGAUGAACAUAUCUCUGUUUUAACGUUCCUCAUGCUCUCAGGCUGGCUGUUGGAUCUUCAAUCUUCGAGCUCUCGAUGAUUUUUGUGGAGUUCAAGCUGCUUGUCAUUUGGCGUCGUUAGGUUAGAGAUAGAGAGAUGUUUAUUUCCUCGUUUCAUUAGAUUUUGAUCGAGAUUGAGUUUUAGAUCCGAUUGCUCUAGUUUUCUACGGAGAAGGUUGAUCCGUUUGGUUAGGUUUGCAUUUUCGAUUGAAAUUGGUGGUUUCUGUUUCUUAAAACAAAAUAUUACUACUGUUAUAUAAAAUCAUAUUGUUUCUGGGAAGAAGAUCGAGAAAUCAUAAAAAUGCAAAAGGAAAAGAUCAUGAGAGGUAGUAAUGGUUUAUAUUUAUCAAACAAGGAUAAUCCAAAAGAGCCACCAAUUUCAUUUGAGACUGAUCAUGAUUCUGGAAUUGGAAUAGAGAAGACAGAAAUUGUUCAAUUUACACAUGAACAAGGCGAUGGUAUGGCGAAUGAAAGAGAUGUGCAUCAUCAGAAGAAACUCUGUCGACAAGACAGGGUUGAGCUUCGACGUUUAUACCAAACUGCAGUUAGUUCUCGCGAUUGGGAUCUUGCUGAAAGCUUGAUCUCAUUGGCAGAUCUUCAGAUGCUUAACGAUGCCUUGUGCAUUUCAUUGGAUUCAAUAUGGUUCUUAAGCACAGAAGAAGAGUUACAUGGGAUUACUGGAUUAAUCGAGAAAACAGUAGCAAAUGGUGCCCAUGAUUUCACAAGAGCUGCUCUUAGAACUUCUUUCCUUGCUUCAUGUGUUUUUGCCUGCCAGAGUAGAACAAUGAGUUUAGCAGAUACAGUUACUGUAAUGGCUCUAAGGUUGCACGAGCGUCUACAGGAAUGCAACGGAGAUGAGGUUUUGAAAGCAGAAGCAGCUGCAAAGGUUCAAAAGUUCACAGAAUGGGCUUUAAAAUGUAUAGGAUUUCAUUCACGCAGUGGCAAUGACAAUGGAGAUACAACAGGCAGACAAACCUCAUCCGUUGAGAUCCAACUUCAGUUAUCUGCUUUUAAAGUGUUUCUAGAUAUUUCUGGAAGCCAUCUAAGUGGAAAGGACUUUACAGAGGCAUUUGAUGCAGCUUGCUUUCCUCUCACCCUCUUCUCCAGUUCAUUUGAUCCUGGUUGGGCUUCUGGUUUAUCAGCUACAGCAAUUCAAGGGUUGUUAGGGAUGUUGGUUGAAGGUGGUGCAGACAAUGUUAAUCAGUGUUUUCUUGAAGCUUCCCGUUUUGGAAGCACAGAACUCGUCCGCAUACUCUUGCAGAUUGCACAAAGGAACAGCUUGGAUGUGGACGUUGACUUGGGUCUUGGAUUCGCAUCCCAUUAUGGGAAGAUAGGAACAAUGGAAUGUCUAGUUGAAGAGGGUAAUGCAAUGGCGUUCUUGGGUCCAAUGAUGAGAGCAGCCGAAAGAGGUUGCAUGCAAGUGGUUGAAUGGUUUGUGAAAAGAGGUUGUCGAGACAUGGAACUAUGUCUAGCCUUAACAGCCGCGACAUCAAGUAGUCAACUUGAGAUCGUCUCCUACCUCUUACCCCACGUCCCCCUUCACAUCCUAGCAGCUCUAAGUAUCGAAAUCAUAAAAGCCGCCGGAGAGAGGAGUUCCGGCGGAUCACUGGAAGGAGUAUCAUAUCUCCUCCGAUCAAAUUUCCUAGGGGAUCCUUCCGCCACUUAUGCUGUUGCAGACAGCAUUGCUCGAGCAGACGACGAGGACGAAUCGAUUGCUCCCGAGCUUAGAUCAUUCCUAAUGGAACAUUGGUCGGAGGAGGCUUUUAUGGAGGGUUUGAAAAUGGGUGAAGAACAUUAUUUGAAUGUGGUUAGGAUAUUGAAAUGGGGUGAGUCUGGGAUUUGCUUGAGGGAUCUUCCUGGACCGUUGAAGGUGGCGGUGGCUUACUUGCCGUUGUAUAGGGAAUGUGUGAAGGAAGGAGGUGGAGUGGGUGGGGAUUGGUUGUAUUCGCGGCGGUUGAUGGGACAGUUGGUGGCGGCGGUUAGGAGUUUGGAGGGUUGGGCGGCGGUGGAAGAUGAUGUUGGGGGAGAGGGGAGAGAGAUGUUGGGUGUUUUAGAACAUCAUUUGCCUCUGUUUUUGGUUAAGUCUAAGUCUAGAUCAUUUUAAAAUGUUUUAUAUAAUAUUGUAUGUAUGGAUUGGUGGAAAUGGAGGUAUGAAUCAAUUGUGUAAUAACGGCAUUGAAGCUCAUUAUUAUAACUUUGUUUAAUAAUGAGCUGAUGAAGGCCAUAAAAGACAAGGAUUAUAUACUUUUUAAUCAUG